GAAUAGGGUGCAGGGUGCUAUUUGGAAUGCAAUCACUUUGACAGUCCUCUCUCUCUCUUUCCCUCCCUCCCUCUCUUUCCCUCCCUCUCUAGCGCACUAUGCUCCCUUCGGUCUCACUCACGCACUCAGUCAGUCAGUCACUCACUCUCUCUCUCUCUCUCUCUCUCUCUCUCUCUCUCUCUCUCUCUCUCUCUCUCACUCUCUCUCGUUCUCUCCCUCCCUCUCUCCUCCCACCUGUACUGUAAUUUGCUGGCUGAUGAGAGUAGAGCAGAGCAGAGCAGAGCAGAGGGAGCAGGAGCAGAAAUACGAACACACUGUGACUGGCUGACUGGCUGACUGACUGGCUGACUGGCUGACUGGCUGUCUGACUGUCUGACUGGCUGACUGGCUGACUGAGAGAGAGAACACAAUCCUUUGUGUUUCUGUUGCUUUUUUUAACCUUUCCUUCUUCACUCUCUCUCUCUCUUCGCUCUACUCCCGCUCUCUCUCCCGCUUUCUCUCCCUUCCUCCCCCGUCCCUGGUGUGUGUGUGUGUGUGUGUACGUGUGUGUGUGGACCUCAGGAAAACAGACGCUCAUAUGAGAGUCAGGAGCAGUAGCAGCAGUGACUGGUGAGAGGAGAGAAGACAGGAUCAGAGAGGAAAAGAGAGAAGACAGGAUCAGAGAGGAAAAGAGAGAAGACAGGAUCAGAGAGGAAAAGAGAGAAGACAGGAUCAGAGAGGAAAAGAGAGAAGACAGGAUCAGAGAGGAAAAGAGAGAAGACAGGAUCAGAGAGGAGAAGAAAAGGAAUAGAAAAAAGAGAGGACAGCAACGGAGAGGAGACGAAGAGCUGAGGAACACAAUAAAGAGGAGGAGAGGAAGAGGAGGGAUCCUCCGCACCGUUCCGUUCAGAGCGAGGUCAGACAUGUGAGACGAUGUCGGUAGGCGGCUGCGCGUGUCCCGGCUGUUCCUCCAAGUCAUUCAAGCUGUACUCUCCAAAGGAGCCCCCCAACGGCAGCUCCUUUCCCCCGUUCCACCCCGGCACCAUGCUGGACAGAGACCUGGGCCCAACCCCCAUGUACCCCCCCUCAUACCUGGAGCCUGGAAUAGGGAGACACACACCGUAUGGGAACCAGACAGACUACAGGAUAUUUGAGCUCAACAAACGGCUACAGAAUUGGACAGAGGAAUGUGAUAAUCUGUGGUGGGAUGCGUUCACUACAGAGUUCUUUGAGGACGAUGCCAUGUUGACCAUAACCUUCUGUCUGGAGGACGGGCCCAAGAGAUACACGAUUGGCCGGACGUUGAUCCCGCGGUACUUCCGGAGUAUAUUCGAGGGGGGCGCCACCGACCUCUACUACGUGUUGAAGCACCCCAAAGAGUCCUUCCACAACAACUUCGUCUCGCUGGACUGUGACCAGUGUACCAUGGUUACGCAGAACGGAAAACCCAUGUUCACACAGGUGUGUGUGGAGGGUCGUCUGUACCUGGAGUUCAUGUUUGACGACAUGAUGAGGAUCAAGACGUGGCACUUCAGCAUCCGACAGCACCGGGAACUGAUUCCACGCAGUAUACUGGCCAUGCACGCCCAGGACCCCCAGAUGUUAGACCAGCUGUCUAAAAACAUCACCAGAUGUGGACUGUCUAACUCCACCCUCAACUACCUCCGACUGUGUGUUAUUCUGGAGCCCAUGCAGGAGCUGAUGUCCAGACACAAGACCUACAGCCUCAGCCCCAGGGACUGUCUCAAGACCUGCCUCUUUCAGAAGUGGCAACGCAUGGUGGCCCCGCCAGCUGAACCAGCCAGACAGGCCCCUAAUAAGAGGAGGAAGCGUAAGAUGUCAGGCGGCAGCACCAUGAGUGCCGGAGGAGGAACCACCAACAACAACAACAAGAAGAAGAGUCCAGCCAGCAGCUUCCCCCUGUCCAGCCAAGUACCAGAUGUGAUGGUGGUGGGAGAGCCCACCCUGAUGGGAGGGGAGUUCGGGGACGAGGACGAGCGCCUGAUCACGCGGCUGGAGAACCAACAGUUCGACGCGGCCAAUGGCAUCGAUGACGAGGACAGCUUCAACAACAGCCCCGCGCUGGGCGCCAACUCUCCCUGGAACAACAAGGCCCCAUCCAGCCAGGAGAGCAAGAGUGACAACCCUACGUCUCAGGCCUCACAGUAGAGGAGGGGAGGAGGGGAGGGGCUUCCAUAGUCUUAAAGGGGUUUCCUCUCCUUGUGGGUGUGUGUCAAUUGUCUGUAGUGGCUUCCUGACUGUUCUUAUCCUUUUCUCUUAAAGGGGCAAUCCGUAGUAGAACAAAAUAACAAAGCGUCACCUCUACCUCCCUGUUUUAGUAAAAAGCUGAGGGGUGGGCCUGGAGAAAUGUAACUAUUCUAAAAUUCAUAGACAGCUAUGGGUACAAGGACUGACCAUCUAAGACAUUAAAAAAAUAUAUAGUUUUAAGCAUGUUUUGAGGCUAUACAGUUUUUCAUUAGAUUUACAAUGGUUACCGAGUAAAACAAGUUUAUAUUGUGGGUUGUGAUGGUGUACUUCAGUUGAAUUAAGCUCCUGAGACAUUUAAAGGUUAUAUUCCUCAAGAAUCAACAGGUACAAAUCAUUCAUUUAGAAGUCCAACAAAUGGAUGUAGCGACUACGGAUUGCCCCUUUUUUAACAUGGAUUUUAUCUAGGCCUGUGGAGUAGGAGGAGGAUCCCACUGGUUGAUAGAGGUUUCCUUUCCUUGUCUACCUUCCUACAUCAGUUCUGAUAUGAGAGCUUGGUAAGUGAAAGGAAAUGACUGAGAGCUAUUACUUAUAUGGGCCUCCUCCAUCCCUGGCUCUCCUAGCUGGUUGUUAAGGAGAGACCUGAGGAUAGGGAAGACGCUUGGGACAGUUGAGAUGCACCCAGGUAGGGGUGCCGGAAGGGGUGGUGGGGUAGGGAGAGGGUGGUUGAGUGGGGGAGGGGGACACGAGGACUACUCACACAUCUACCUUCAGAAGAAUCAUGGUCACUAGAUAUGGAGUCUUAACUCUGGUCCACUCUGCUGCUGCACUGUGUGUGUGUAUGUGGCUGUACUUGGUCAGAACAAAAGUCUGGACUGGGCCAAAGCUAGCGGACCGGAGUUGAGAUCCAAUCAGUUUAAAAUGCUUUCUCACAGACACACACACACACCAUUGAAGGAGUACUGAUCCAACCUUUUAACAGAUAACAGAAAGCAUUUAAACAACAACAACAUUUUAGAGUUUUAUACCAGUCUCUAUUUCCCGAGAAUGUUUUUAUUUUGUUUUCUACUCCUGCAUUUCAAAUCUACUCUUUAUUUGUUAUUUUUUUACCAACGAUGUUGAGAAGCUAACAGACCAAGGAGCCAGAAAACAGGACUGCUUUUAUUCUACCCCUUCCCCCCCGAAAAAAUAUAUUGGGUUUGUUUUAAUAUCUUUUAUGUUUUACAGAGAAAUAAUUGUGAUGUUUUUCUGUUUUUUGAGAUUGGUUUUCUCCUUGUUUUUAGUGUAUUUGUGCUUGUAUAUUUAAGGUAGUAGCAACGUUCUGUACGACUGUAUUCUGACUUAGAGGUUCCUGAAGCCAUUCUGAUCUAAUGGAAAGAAAUGGACAAAAAGAAGAAAAAAACACAUGAACCUCUCAACCAAUCCCCCAUCUCCGUCUCUCUCUCCAUCUCCGUCUCUCUCUCCAUCUCCGUCUCUCUCUCCAUCUCCGUCUCUCUCUCCGUCUCUCUCUCCAUCUCCGUCUCUCUCUCCAUCUCUGUCUCUCUCUCCAUCUCCGUCUCUCUCUCCGUCUCUCUCUGUCUCUUUAGUGUCCAUCCUGAUCAUAAGUGACACCUCUCCGUCUCUCUCUCUCUCUCUCUCUCUCUCUCUCUCUCUCUCUCUCUCUCUCUCUCUCUCUCUCUCUCUCUCUCUCUCUCUCUCUCUCUCUCUCUCUCUCUCUCUCUCUCUCUCUCUCUCUCUCUCUCUCUCUCUCUCUCUCUCUCUCUCUCUCUCUCUACAGAGUGUCCAUCCUGAUCAUAAGUGACACCUCUCCGUCUCUCUCUCUCUCUCUCUCUCUCUCUCUCUCUCUCUCUCUCUUUAGAGUGUCCAUCCUGAUCAUAACAGUGACACCUCUCUCUCGCUCUUUUUUUUCUUAAUUUUAUUAUUAUUAUUUUUUACUUGUGUACAUUCAUUUAUAAAACCCUGGGGUACAGUCACCAUUGAGUUCCAUCUAGUUCAGCACAUUUUUUCAUUUUUCUAUUUAUUUUGAAUGAAAUAUCAGAUAUACGUUCUGUUCCUCCACCCCCCCCCCCCUGGUUACACACACUCAUCCUAAAUGUACACUACUAUUAGCAAAUAAGCUACCUAUCUACUGCUGUUUAAGAAGUCUGAACAGACAACCUGACAUAAUUAAUCCACCAAUGUGUCCCAAAUGGCACCCUAUUCCCUAUCAAGGUCUGGUCGAAAGUAGUGCACUACAUACAGAAUAGAGUGUCAUUUGGGACGCAACCCCAACUAGUUAUUAAGGUUUAACUGAAGUCGUAGGGUUGUAUAUAUUCCCAAUACCUGUGUUGUAUAGGCUUGAUCUGUAAUAUUGAGUCUGUUGCGCAUGUGUUUGGUAAUAUCUUCAAUUCUCACCAGGGGGCGCUGUUAGUAUCAAAUAAGGUUCAUAACUUUAUACAUCCAGUUCAAACAUGUGCAGUGAUAUGAUCUGCCCCCCCCCCCCC